AGUAUAUUGUAUGGGUGGGGAGAGGUGGGUGGAGGAGGAGGGUGAGAGGAGAUAAGAGGGGGGAGUAGCGGGAGUGUGAGCAAGUGACGGGUAAGUGUGAGUGCCGCCGCCACCACCACCAGGGACCUCUCACUCUCCGCCUCACGCUACAGCCCAUCAUGUCUUCAACAAGUCAGAAGCAUCGUAAUUUUGUGGCAGAGCCCAUGGGAGAGAAGGAGGUGACAGAAUUAGCAGGAAUUGGUCCAGUACUAGGUGACAGACUGUCCAGUAAAGGCUUUGAUAAGGCAUAUGUUGUUCUUGGUCAGUUCCUGGUAUUGAAGAAGAACAAAGAGCUUUUCAUGGAUUGGCUGAAGGACACGUGUGGAGCCAAUGUGAAGCAAGCUGGAGACUGCCACCAGUGCCUUUCUGAUUGGUGUGAAGAAUUUUUGUAAACAUAACUAUUUAUAUGUACUGUAUGUUAACUCUAGAAAUUUAUAAGCAUGAAAACCCCUGGAACUUUACAAAUUAUUAUUUUAGUUCUCAAAAUGGUUAAUUAAAUUGUUUUUUAAUAUAUCAAAUUAGACUUUUUGUAAGAGUUUUUAAAACAUGCAUUGGUAAAAUAAAAAUGAUUUCCGUUAUAAA